AGCGAAGAUGGCGGCCGAGAGGGAGCCUCCUCCGCUGGGGGACGGGAAGCCCACCGACUUUGAGGAGCUGGAGGACGGGGAAGACCUGUUCACCAGCACUGUCUCCACCCUGGAGUCAAGUCCAUCGUCACCAGAACCAGCUAGUCUUCCUGCAGAAGAUAUUAGCGCAAACUCCAAUGGUCCAAAACCUGUACAAGUUGUGCUAGAUGACGACAGAGAAGAUCUUUUUGCAGAUUAUAAACUCCCUGAGGGCAGAAGCCACAGAAGAAGUUUCUUUGGAUAGCCCAGAAAGGGAGCCCAUCCUUUCCUCAGAACCUUCUCCUGCAGUCACACCUGUCACCCCUACUGCACUCAUUGCUCCUAGAAUGGAAUCCAAGAGUCUGUCAGCUCCUGUGAUUUUCGAUAGAUCCCGGGAAGAGAUUGAAGAAGAAGCAAAUGGAGAUAUUUUUGAUAUAGAAAUUGGUGUGUCAGAUCCAGAGAAAGUUGGUGAUGGCAUGAAUGCUUACAUGGCAUACAGAGUAACAACAAAGACUUCUCUUUCCAUGUUCAGUAAGAGUGAAUUUUCAGUUAAAAGAAGAUUCAGUGACUUUCUUGGUUUGCAUAGCAAAUUAGCAAGCAAGUAUUUACAUGUUGGCUACAUUGUGCCGCCAGCACCAGAGAAAAGUAUAGUAGGUAUGACCAAGGUCAAAGUAGGUAAAGAAGAUUCAUCAUCCACUGAAUUUGUAGAAAAACGGAGAGCAGCUCUGGAAAGGUAUCUUCAAAGAACAGUAAAACAUCCAGCUUUGCUGCAGGAUCCUGACUUACGGCAGUUUUUGGAAAGUUCAGAGCUGCCUAGAGCAGUUAACACGCAGGCUCUGAGUGGAGCAGGAAUAUUGAGGAUGGUGAACAAGGCUGCCGACGCUGUCAACAAAAUGACAAUCAAGAUGAAUGAAUCGGAUGCAUGGUUUGAAGAAAAGCAGCAGCAAUUUGAGAAUCUCGACCAACAACUUCGGAAACUUCAUGCCAGUGUUGAAGCCUUGGUCUGUCAUAGAAAAGAACUUUCAGCCAACACAGCUGCCUUUGCUAAAAGUGCUGCCAUGUUAGGCAAUUCUGAGGACCAUACUGCUUUAUCUCGAGCCUUGUCGCAACUUGCAGAGGUAGAGGAGAAGAUAGACCAGUUACAUCAAGAACAAGCUUUUGCUGACUUUUACAUGUUUUCAGAACUACUUAGUGACUACAUUCGUCUCAUUGCUGCAGUGAAAGGUGUGUUUGACCAUCGAAUGAAGUGCUGGCAGAAAUGGGAAGAUGCUCAAAUUACUUUGCUCAAGAAACGUGAAACAGAGGCAAAAAUGAUGGUUGCCAACAAGCCAGACAAAAUACAGCAAGCUAAAAAUGAAAUAAGAGAGUGGGAGGCAAAAGUACAGCAAGGAGAAAGAGAUUUCGAACAGAUCUCUAAAACAAUUCGAAAAGAAGUGGGAAGAUUUGAGAAAGAACGAGUGAAGGAUUUUAAAAGUGUUAUCAUCAAGUACUUGGAGUCAUUAGUACAAACACAGCAACAACUGAUAAAAUACUGGGAGGCAUUCCUACCCGAAGCCAAAGCCAUUGCCUAGCAAUGAGAUUAUUCCUGCCAAGAAGACAUGGGACAUUUGUUCCAGUUAUGCUGAAUGCUAAAGUGAAACCAUUGAAACCAUCUAAAUAAACCACAAUAUAUUUUAUGAACUACAUGUGGUUUUUUACAUAUAUAUAUAUAUAUAUAUAAAUGAAUAUGUGUAUAUAUGUAUAUGUAUGUGUAUAUACAUAUAUAUACAUAUAUAUAUUCUGACAUUUUAUUACAGGCUGCAUGUCCUGACCCUCUUGGAAUUAAGUGGACUGUGGCAUGAUAUUCUGCAGUAUUUUGCUGAAUUGAACACUAUUGUGUCUUAAAUACUUGCACUGAAGAGUGCACUGCAAGGCCAGAAAAUUUUAUGAUUUUCUUUAUAGUAUAAUAUGUUUACCCUCUUUAUG